GAGAGAGCACUUCUCUCUGGCCCAUUAUCUCACACAAGGGUUCUGACCUUCAGCAUAUGGGGUGAGAGAUCACGGAGGCUCUGAACUGCCGGUUCUGGGGGGAGUGUGUGCUGAUAUUGGGUUGUGCUGGUUUGUGGCUCGUUCAGGAGGCAUGCAAUAGACUGCACAGCCUGUUCUUGUCAUGACUUGAGGUUCCCCCCAGGCUCUUUCGGUGAUGGUGCUUUCUGGUGAUACAUAAAAGAAGGACCUCUGUGGGUGGCAGAGGGGCUGGAGAAGGAGGAUCAGCCUGAUUAUUUGGCCAUUAUUUCAAAUGUGAUCAACAUUCCCAUUUGUUUACAGGACCCAUCUUUGUUACCUUCUGGAUAGUCUCCAUGACAACAUGAGCUUUGCAACUAUUAUCAUGUAGAAUACAGCAGUGCUUAUGUAUCUGGAAAGUAAUCAGUUGUGUCUCUGUCCUCUGGGGCUCUCAGAACAAUGUCAUAUUUCUAAACAUUGAAUAAAACUACAGGAAACCUCUUGAUAUCUUGAGGCCAUCUACCACAAGAAGUUUGAGGCCAGUACACCAAUUGAGGCCAUCUACCAUGAGAAGCGUCACCCAACCCUUGGCCCGACCUCUCCCUUAGUGGUUUGCCAUCUGGGACGGAUUGCAUGUUUCUCUCUGGGGUGAAAUGUCCUUGCUUCGGCCUUUACUCAUAUGGUGGUUCUGCUAAUCCUCCUCUCCUUUAUUUCUCAAGAAACAUGAACACGAGGCACUUGAAGAUUGGGGCCCUGACGGCAGCGCUCUUGGUUCUCGCAGGUUGUGUGGGGCUGUUCUUUGGGCUGUACUCGAGGGCACUCCCAGCUCAGCCAGAAGGGCACACCUAUGCAAAGGCAGCUGUGGCCACAGAUGCAGGCCCCUGUUCUAGCAUUGGGAGGGACAUCCUUCAAAAAGGGGGAUCUGCUGUGGAUGCUGCCAUUGCCAGUCUCCUAUGUGUGGGCCUGAUGAACCCCCACAGCAUGGGCAUUGGAGGGGGCCUUUUUUUCACCAUUUACUCGGCAGAUGGGAAAGUGGAAGUCAUUAACGCCAGGGAAAUGGCACCCAAGAAUGCAUCACGAGACAUGUUUGGCAACAACACAGCUCUGUCCCAGAAAGGUGGAUUGUCCAUUGCAGUUCCAGGAGAAGUCCGUGGCUAUGAAAUGGCCCACAAACGGCAUGGCAAACUGCCUUGGAAGGAACUGUUUCAGCCCAGCAUCCAGUUAGCCAGAGAAGGUUUCCCUGUUGGUAAAGGCCUGGCCGCAGCCCUGGAGUCCAGGAGCAGUGAAAUUGAAAGCAUUCCAUCUCUGUGUGAAGUCUUCUGCAAAAACGGGAAGGUGCUGCAGGAGAAAGAAAUCCUCUUUCUGCCCAAACUGGCCAGGACCUAUGAGACCAUCGCCAGCGAGGGUCCGGAUGCCUUUUACACCGGGAGCUUAGCGCAGCAAAUUGUGGCAGAGGUGCAAAACGCAGGUGGGAUCCUUACCAUGGAGGACCUGAGGGAUUACCGACCAACCCUGGAAGAAAACCCUUUAAAAGUAAAACUUGGCCAGUUCAGCAUGUAUACGCCCAGUGCCCCAUUAAGCGGUGCUGUGCUGGCCCUGAUUCUCAACAUCCUGAAAGGCUUCCGGUUCUCUAAGAACAGCACCGUGACUCUGGAGGAGAAGGGCCUGACGUACCAUCGCAUCCUGGAAGCCUUCCGCUUUGCCUACGCAAAGAGGAGUUUACUCGGGGACCCUGCGUUUGUCAACCUCACGGAGGUGAUCAGAAACAUGACAUCAGAGUCCUUUGCUGACAGCUUGCGGGGCAAAAUCUCCAACACUACCCAUAACAUCAGCUAUUAUGAACCAGAUUACUACACUCCAGAGCACGCUGGGACGUCUCACGUCUCUGUUGUGGCCGAGGAUGGCAGUGCGGUCUCCGCCACCAGCACCAUCAACCAAUACUUUGGCUCUGAUGUCCGUUCCCCCGUGAAUGGUAUCCUAUUCAACGAUGAGAUGGAUGACUUCAGCUCCCCCCACAUUCUGAAUGGCUUUGGGGUUCCCCCCUCGGUUGCCAACUUCAUUGCCCCAGGUAAACAGCCUUUCUCAUCCAUGUGUCCGACUAUCCUGGUGGAUGAGAAGAACAGAGUCAGGAUGGUGGUCGGUGCUUCUGGAGGGACAAAAAUCACAACAGCAACAGCCCUGACAAUCAUCAAUUCCUUGUGGUUUGGCUACGAUGUUAAGACUGCUGUGGAGGAGCCACGAGUUCAUAAUCAGUUAUUCCCCCCAGUUACAAUGCUGGAGAAGAAUGUAAAAAAGGAAAUAGAAGAAGACCUAGUGAAAAGGAAACAUGAGAUCCAGAGGAUCGAUAAAGGUGCUGUGGUGCAGGCCAUUCUCUGGACUGAAGGUGGAUGGGCUGCAGCCUCCGAUUCCCGGAAAGGGGGCGUCCCAGCAGGAUACUGAACUGGCCAGCUACCUGUUGCUCAGAAGGUCUGAGCUUGACUGGUUCACCACUGCCUAGAAAUCUCUGGAGCAAAUGAUUCUGUGUCUCAUCAGUGUGGGUUGCGUGGUAGAUUUAUAACGAACAAAGAGACGACCAUGGGACAAUUGUGCAUUGCUUCAGUGACAAAUACUGUAUGAAACAAUAUCUAUGCAUAUAGAAAUGGGGGAAAAAAUCCAGCUGUUGGCAUCAGCUUGGCCUUGGCAUUUUUUUAGGAUCCACAGAAUUCCUUCCUUGGUUCCUGAAUGCAGGAAUGAAUAUAAAAGCAUCCUGGAGAAAGCUAGACAACCCAAAGUGGCUUUUGUGUCUUGGUGCUAUCUGGCACGUCAGCGUGCUGGCCGCUUCCACUGGUGUUCUCCAAGGCACGUCAGCAGAUGGCGCUCCUUGCUGCAGAAGACCCAGAAGAAGACCUAAGAUUGAUGGUCUGUUUCCUUCUCCUCCACCAAGCAUCAUCGUUGGAUGGGAUGGAGGGGUGGGUGAGAAACAGAUGGCUGUGGCAUGGGUUGUCUAGCAAAAUCACACGCGUUUUGUGUGGGUGAAAGGAAACCUGAUCGUUGGGCUGCUUUGGGACACAGGUUCCAGAAGACAAGCUGAGAAACGUGAGGUGAGGAGAGUUGGACCGUGGAAGAGAGAGAGGGGUCUCUCUCCCCUUCACCAUCCAUCCCCCCCUUCUGCUGCCCCUAGCUACUGUUCAGGCUGAUCCAAAGGCCUGAACUCUCCCCUGCUGAAGCAGAAUGGGCUGGGAGGCAGUGCCCGCGACCAGAGGGAGGGGCCUGUGCCAGCCUAGAGGGGCCAGUAGGAGCUCGGCCAUUCCAAACUCCGAGGGAUCACCCGGCCACAGCAGAAACCAAAUGGUUGGUGGUACACCAGCCAAAAUGGUACUUUAAAACCAAAACAGCUCCGAAUAACAAGGCUGUUUCUAAUAUUCUCUUACUCCUUUUUGAAGUGUUGUGCCCAGACAUCAAAACUGAAUGAUUGCUUCCUGUAAUUGAGAAAACUAUACAGGUCAUUCAGCCUAAAACUGCAUUUCCCUGUUUGUGGUCAUGUCAGACUUGUACAGUUCCUAAUCAAGAUUCAGUAUCUUUUUGGCAAGUACGAUAUUCCCAAAAUCCAAUUCUCUUUUUGCCCAGCUGGAUAUUCCCUAGUCCUACACCUCCGCACUCGACUGAACAUUUUCUAAGUAAGUAGCCCUGUUGCUGUUGCAUUUCAUUCAUUCCUCUGUAUCGUUUUAAAUUUUAUUUCUUUCUAAGGUUCUUGUGUGUGUCAUAAAACCCGUUCUGCC